AGCCGCACGAAAGAACAAUGCGCGAUACGAGAACCAAUAAACUUCACAUCCCCCAGCUGAAUUUGCAAGCGGCUAAAUAUCUCGAUAGCAUUCUAAGCGUGAUACCAAAAUGUCAUUGCCGUCGUUCCUCUACUCCCAGAUCUUCGUGGGUCUACCUGUGCCCGACCAUGACUUCACGGGCCAAACCAUCAUCAUUACCGGUGGUAGCACGGGUCUUGGUCUUGAAGCAGCUCGUCAUUUUCUGCGGUUGAAUGCAUUGCAUAUCGUCCUAGGCGUGCGGAGCAUGGAAAAAGGCAAGGCCGCCAAAGAAGACCUCGAAACCUCAACAAACCGCCCAAACACCGUCCGUCUCGAACAUAUCGAUAUGGACCGCUACGACUCAGUCAAGGCCUUCGCAUCCACAAUCCAAAACACCGUACCCAAAGUCGACGUCCUUCUGUUGAACGCCGGCAAAAUCGCCGAGCAAUUCUACCUGGCCGAGGAAGACGAAAGCACCAUCACAGUCAACGUCGUCUGCACAGUUCUCCUGGGCCUCCUCCUCCUCCCCAAACUCCGCGAAUCAGCGUCCCCUAAUGGCCCCAUACCACGGCUCUGCUUCGUAUCCUCCGAUCGCCACGUCAUGACCAACCUCCCCGAAUGGAAAACAGAAGACACCUUCGCAGCACUCCGCGCCCAAACUGAUUCCGGCGCCGAUGACCGCUACUACGCCUCCAAACUGCUUAAUGUGAUGAUGUUCCGCCAGCUCGCCGAGGAGAUCGCAUCUUCCACGCCGCGCGUUGUAGUUAAUGGCUUCACGCCUGGGUACUGCGCUACGGCACUUAUCCGGGAGACGCAGGGGUUCUGGGGGUGGCAGCUUUAUGUGAUGAAGUUGACGAUUGCGAGGACUAUUGAGGUGGGGUCGAGGACGUUGGUGCAUGCGGCAAGUCUGGGAUGGGAGGGGCAUGGGAAGUAUUUGAAUGAUUGCAAGAUUGAUGAGGGUGCUCUGUCGUCGUUCGUACGCAGUGAAGAGGGAAAACAGGCGCAGGUCAAGGUGUGGAAGGAGUUGUUGUACAAGUUGGAGAGGAUAUCGCUGGGGAUAUCGGGGAAUCUGUCUGGUCAUUAACUGGGUAUCUUGAGACAGGGCUAGGGCUGCAAGUAAGCAAACAAUUCCCACACAGAUGUCUUUCUCCCAGUCUCUUUUGGUUUCGUAUCUCUCGUUUUCCAUGUAUCUGGUUAGCUAGUGCUUUUUGUAGUUAGCCAUAAUAGCCUAUUGAUCUCUAAUUAUCCAACCUUUUCC